AUGGAUUCUUCAAUAACUAUGGAUGAUUAUGGGAUCCCCGUCAUCGAAACCGAUGAAUCGCUUUUUUCCAUAAUUCCAAAACUCUCUCAAUUUAUCACCAAUGCAGUUGGUGAAAUUGCAUUCUCCUUUGAGGCCAUGAGCCAUGAAUCUCGAGGCCACCGUCUUCGUGAACUUGUGCACGCCUUGGCCGAGGACAGUCACAAUCCCUUCAUUAUUGUAGCCCUGAUGAUCCUCAAGUGGGAAUUUUCAAGUGCCGAGGACGACGACUGGGGAUUGAAUGAGAGUCGAGGGGUAGCCUGCGAGUUUGUUGCAUGGCAAUUCCUAUGUCAUCUAAACCAGAUCGAGGCCAUUGAUUUCCUAUUGGAGGAGCUUCCGAUUCCCCGUCGCAACUCAACAAACCUCACCGAGGUUGAAAGGGGUGAUCCUGGGUUUGAACUUGCCCCCGAAACAGAAGCAACGCCGCUUCUGUUCCGCUCGCCAACCCCUCUCAAUCUUCUUGGUUUUGGUAAAAGGAGCGCAGCGGCUCAAAAGAAUCAGGAUUACUCGGAGCUAUAUGGCUCCGACCACGAGAGCGAGGAUAACUCGCGGUACUUCCAAUUCUUUGGGCUAAAUGCACUGGAGAUUGCGGCUGUUGCCCAAGCCAAAAAGUUCCUCAGUCAGCGCGUGGUUCAGCGAAUGGUGAACGACAUCUGGAAUGGAGAGAUUGUUUUCUGGGACUCGCUCACCGUCCAUUCGACCAAGAAGCCCCAAAUAUUCAAUUCGAGGACUUCAGAUCCAUACUCGCGCAUGCGAGUCCCUGUAUAUCGAAAGAUGUUUGAGGCAGUUUUCUUUCUUUCCCUGUUGUUUUUGUACUAUACAGUACUCGUGGAAAGGUCGCCAACAUCAAUUGGUCGCUUUGAAAUUUUGAUGGACAUUUGGAUUGUCGCUUUUGCCUACGAUGAGCUUAGUGGCAUUGUCGAUGCCGGAGUGCUUUUCUAUCAAAUGGACUUCUGGAGUUUGUGGAACCUCGCCAUCAUAGGAGUCGGAUUUGCAUUUAUUAUCACUAGAGGCAUCGGCCUGUUUAAAAAGGAUGACUACAUUCUCAACUUGUCAUUCGAUAUUCUCUCCUUAGAGGCACUGUUUCUUGUCCCAAGAAUAUGCUCGCUUGUGAGCUUGAAUGCAUAUUUCGGAAGUUUGAACGAACAGAUCCCUGUGAUGAAAGAGAUGACGAAAGCAUUUUUGAGGUUUUUACCUGUGGUGCUUGUCAUUUACACGGCAUUUCUCACGACCUUUUCGCUUCUUGCUCGUGAUCGAUUUUUCGUCGGCGAGAUGUCGUUCUUGCUGUUAAAAGUGUUCUUUGGGUCUGGGACGCUUGGAUUUGAUAACGCACUAAAGAUUUCGCCGAUCUUCGGCUAUGGCUUGAUGUUGAUUUUCGUCCCCUUGAGUAACUUUUUGCUCCUUGCAUGCCUUAUCAGUUUGAUGGGUAUGAGUCUAGAGGGAGUAAUGGCUCAUGCCCGCGAGGAGUAUCUCUUCCAGCUAUCUAUCUACGUCCUAGAAAGUAGCAAUUCCCGACGCCUGACAUAUUUCCUGCCACCACUGAACCUAAUUCCACUGCUAUGCAUCCGCCCUUUACGACUAUUUCUAUCCGCGGGGACAGUCCGCCGAGUACGCAUCGUCUUACUUCGAGCAACGCAUCUUCCGUUUGUCACGAUGAUCUGGUUUUAUGAGUCAAUUCGUCAAAGUUCAGGCAAAUCAUCCUCCCGGUCCUCGAGACCAUUAGGAGGGCGACCACCUAGUACCGCUACGAGCGAGCCUAGUGUAUCCAGAUUUCAGGCCCCAUUACAUCCUUCCGUGGUCGAAGUCAACCGUCUAAGGCUUGGUCAUGAGCGACUGAAUGUUGACUCGCAGGGUGCAAGUGAAUCUAACCUAGCGCGACCUGGACAGACACAGCUCGCGGAUGUGGUGGACGCUGUGGAACGACUUCGGGUACAGGUUGAGCGUGUGAGUAUGACGCUUGCGGCGCAGCAACGAGACAACUAG